AUGAUUUCAUUUCUCAUGUCAUUUGUUUUUUUUUGUUCAUCAGGUAACCAGCUGCCUCGUGUCGUCUUGGGCUACGACACUCGUGAGAGUUCGCCAGCGUUAGCAGCUGAAGUUAAACAAGGCAUUGACAUCAUACAUGGGGCUUGCUAUGAAAUUGGACUGGUCACAACACCUCAACUUCAUUAUUUUGUUAAGUAUAUUAACGUGAAUGGAAUACUGUCCUCAAACCAACUCCCUGAUUUGGAAACUAUCUAUGUUAACCAAUUUGCCGAACGUUUUACUGCUGCUUUGGAGAAUCUUCAAAGUUGUACUGAUUCAAUCCAUUUAAAUGUGGAUUGUGCACAUGGUGUUGGAUCUAAAGUAUUGGAGAGUUUUAGGGCAUAUUUCUCUUUCGUUAAAAGCCCGCGUAAAUUAAUUUUACAUCUAUACAAUACGGAUAUUGACAACAAAGAACUACUUAAUGAAAAUUGUGGCUCCGAUUAUGUGAAGAUUACAAUGCAUGCACCAAAAUUAAAUCCACCCAAAAAAGAAUCAAUUAUGUAUCCUGAUCGAUGGGCUACAAUUGAUGGAGAUGCUGACAGAUUAAUUUACUUUCGACCAGUACUCACAAACUGUGCAUUACCAUCCGGAGAUGAUCAUAUGAAUAAAGAUGACUUAGAUCCAGUUGAUGUUUCUUCUCAGUCAGUUGAACUUUUAGAUGGCGAUCGUAUCUCGUGUCUGUUCGCUCAUUUUCUUGUCAAAGUUCUGAAGUCAGUAUCUUCUGACAUGAUUUAA